GUGAACAGUUCUGUGAGCACUUCAGCCAUGCUUCGUGCGAAGUUGUUCGUACUGUCCUUGAUUCUUUACAACCCGAUUCUUUCUUCUUCUGCAAAGCCACCCGAUAAAGGAGCCAAGAAAAUAUCAACUGAUAAGGAAAACAAACAUGAAACUGAACCAAACACGAUUAAUGGAAAGAAAGGGAGCUUUGCAACCAUCAAGGACAUAAAACAUAAACUCGCCAUUGCUAAAGAAGAACUUAAAGAUCACAGCCAGGAAGGUGCCAAGGACCUGGAGAAAGACUCUAAAACUGAAAUAUCUGAGAAAAACUCGAGCUUUAGACAUCAUAAUUAUGAAGAAAUGACCUGGCUUUUGAAGGAGUAUUCCAGAAAAUACAGCAAAAUAGCUCGAUUGUAUGACAUCGGUACCUCGGUGCAGAACCGCAAAUUGUGGGUCAUGGAAAUCUCCAAUAACCCGGGGAAACACGAGCCUGGGGAACCAGAAUUUAAAUACGUCGCUAACAUGCACGGAGAUGAAGCCAUAGGAAGAGAGAUGCUUCUUCAUUUGAUUAGGUAUCUUUGCAAAAACUACGGGGUCAACGAAAGAGUCACUAGCAUCGUAGACACGACUAGAAUCCACAUCAUGCCGAGUAUGAAUCCUGACGGAUACGAACUGGCUGCCACAUUGGCUGAUGACGAAGACAUUUGGAAAUCAAGCCGACCUAAUGCCAACGGUAUCGACUUGAAUCGUAAUUUUCCGGAUCAAUUUUUUCCGAGCACCAACGGACCGCCCCAACCGGAAACCCGCGCAGUCAUGAAGUGGAUCAGUUCUAUUCCUUUUGUGCUGUCAGCCAGUUUGCACAGCGGAGCUCUCGUGGCAAAUUACCCGUAUGACGAUAAUCCCUCGGGACAGAGCGUGUACAGCGCCACGCCCGAUGAUGACGUAUUUAGACAGAUUGCGCGUGCGUACUCAGAGGCACAUCCCACAAUGCAUUUAGCAAACGCACCUUGGAAAUGCAAAGAGAUUCCGCGGGAGCAUUUUAUAGACGGGAUAACGAAUGGUGCCAAGUGGUUCAGUGUAUCGGGAGGAAUGCAAGAUUACAAUUAUGUGCAUUCCAAUUGUUUUGAUAUAACGCUUGAACUCGGUUGUCAGAAGUUUCCUAAUGCAAGUGAACUACCAGAAUACUGGCAGGAGAACAAAGAGGCUCUCCUUAGUUAUAUAGAGCAGGUCCAUUCUGGUGUGCACGGCUUUGUUAAAGAUCAAGAUGGUAAACCUGUGGACGAAGCUAGAAUAGCUGUCUCAAAUCGCCGCCAUGACGUGUUCUCUGCAAAUGACGGCGACUUUUGGAGAUUACUAGUCCCAGGCUCUUAUGACAUCACAGUUUCAGCCAAAGGAUUUGAACAGGAAACCAAAUCAUGUACAGUAUUACCUGAUAAACCCGCCACACUCAACUUCACUCUGACCAGGAUGAGAAUGAGAGAACCCAGGCAUCAAUUACAACAAGACUCCUGGCCUCGAGACCGAGUUUCACACGGUGGGGAAUUCAGGCAUACACAGGAAGAUGGUGUGAGCCAGAGCGGGGGCUUGCGCAGGGGGCUUGAUGACGAGCGUGCCGAUGACUUUGAUGGCAUGCGCAGUUUUGGACGAAGUGCACGAAUCUUCCCUCGCCCUAAAUGAAGUUGGAUUCUUACAAAACCGCAUAACUUUUUGUUAAAAAGGAAUUUCUUUUAAAAAUUUUAUACCCAACAUUGUUCUUACAUUUUACAUAGCGACAUGAAAAACUUAAUGUAUCAUACUUCGAAUCCUUCUGAAGCACAGUUUUCUUCGUAAAUGUGACAUUCCCUAUCGUGAUUUUUUGCCUUAGAGAUAAUUCAUCUUAUGUUAAUGGUUUUUAGCUAUAUCAGGGUGCGAUCCAUAAAGACGUGAUAAUUAUUCGAUUA